AUGAGUUUGCCCUGCAACCUGGAGAGAGUCGUCACUCACAUCACAACUUCUACUACCAACUCACAGCAGAACAUCAACAGCAUCACAGCUACCAACAACUUCACACACACAAAACAAUCAACACCAAUCACCAUCAUCAUGUAUCCUUCCACUGGUUUUACCCCUGAGUCUUCGGCUCCCACUUCACCCACCGAGACUACUCACGGCUACUUCCCUUCUCUUAUCCACGCCAAGUUUGGUCCCCAACCUAUUCAGUGCCCCCACAGCACUCGAUGCGAGUGCACCGGCUGCAGCGGUUGCAAGAACGAGAUUUCUAACUGGAGUACCAUGCAGUGCUCUAACUGCAACAUUAACUGCCCUGCCUAA